GCCUACCCAGGGGACACAGUCUACCCAAGGGACACAGUCUAACCAAGGCACACAGUCUACCCAAGGGACACGAAAAGAACCUGUUGCACCAUCUUCAAGUUCUUUGGCAGCAUCAGAAUGCACGCCAGCGACAUCCCAGGCGGAUGCUGCAGCAUUCCAGCAGAAUGCUAAGUGCUUUUCAGAGACAACACCUACGCCACAAUCAAAUAAUGUGUGUUCAGGCGCACCACAAACACCGACGGUAGGUUUUGAAACACUCAAAGUCCAGCGAAAAGAUCCCGAAAUUGUGAAGCUGAACACUAAGUCAAAUUUUUUCCAUCCCAAAACAACACCGGACAGCACGCACUUUAAACACUCGACCGGCAUUGCUCAGUCCAAAAAGAAUUCUCACUAUUCGCAGCCUAAAC